AUGCACGACAAUGACCUCGCAUCCCGCCAGGCUGCUCUGCAGAAAUCGCUAUCAACUGCCCUGCUGACGCAUCAGAUCCAGGAGCUCGAGUCCAAGGUCCAGUCUAUCCAAGUGGCCAAGCAGCAGCCGGCACCGGCCAAGCCCAAGGCCAAUGUCACUGCCGAGAAUGGACAAGCUGGCGAUGUCAAGCAGAAUAGGAUCGGCGGAGGGGUCAAGGACAAGUUUGCCGGAUUCGGGCGAAUCGACAUGGACGAGAAUGACCGUCAGGACGCUCUGACGCACGAUGAGGAUAUCGAGCCAGAGCUGGCGGAGGGGGAGGAUGAGGACGAUAAGUGGCGAGUGGCGGUUCUGGACGUAUCGGUUCUGAUUUGGGCACCGAGGAGUGUCCGGAGGCUGGCGGCGAAGGGGUGGGAGCUGGUGCUUCCUAUCGAUGCCAUCCGAACCCUUGACCUGCUCAAGAAAGGCUCGUCCCACGCCGCCAUCGGCGCCCGCUCAGCCACACGCUACAUCGAGCACGCUACUCGGAUGUACAAGCUCCUCUCCUCCGACCCAUCCAUCACCGUCCAAGCCGGCACCAACUACAAGCGCGGCCUCGGUAUCCGUAUUCAAAGAGAAGACGAGCUACUCCCCAUCACGGAACUCAGCGAUCUGCCCAUCCCCGUCGACGACGUCCCGAGAUGGGCCGCCAACGUCCUCGGAUGCGCAGGCUGGUUUGCGCGUAUCAAUGCGGCCGAAGUCUCCGGGGAGGAGAUGUAUGGGCUGUGGCCGACACUUUUUGUGGCGAACCCGCCAUUGGCUGUUGAGGCGCUAGGGGGCGAGGAUGGGCGGGACCAGUAUGCGGAGCGAGGGGAGGGGUAUCUCAUCAGUCAAGAGGCGGAGCGGUUCGAGCUCGCGCUGGAGGUGUUGAGGGAUGAGGAGCAGGAGGAUAUGUCGUUUGGUGCGGAUUCGGGCGGGCGAGGAGCAAGGGGAAGGGGUCGGGGAGGAAAGACUGGUCCAGGUGGCGGAGGUGGGAGAAGGGGUGGCGGAGGAGGAGGGGGAAAAGAGAGAGAUGGACAGAAGGGCAAUGGGAGAGGAGGCGGGAGGGGGCAUACUCGGAAUGAGUCCAAAACCAAGUCGGAAGAGCCAGAAAGGGAGGUCAAGAUCCUUCUGAGGCGACCGGCGCCCGUGCUCGUGGCCGGGGACGACGCCUCGGCUGGUCGCGCGAGCAACGAGCAUCCAUCGCCCAAUUCGAAUCGGUCCAAUCUGCCCGCGGGCCCGGACAUCCGAAACCCCCCGAUCGUUGGCGGGCGGGCACAGCCAGCCGGACUCGUCAAUGUGGCGAGCGAUGCCAAGUCGGACAAGGUGUCCGAUCAGGGGAGACAUGAGGGUCGAAGUGGUCGAGGAAGGGGAGAUGGCGGGAGAGGCAGGGGACGCGGGCGGGGGAGAGGCGGAAGGGAUGGCGGACCCCCUUCGCCGGGCAGAGGCGGGUUUGUGCUUUUACAGCGACCCGGACCGCCCCGACCUCCACCUAUCGACGGGCAGCCCAGUCGGCCUCCUCCUCCACCUUCUGUCCCGCCUCCGCCGUCGUAUGCUCAUGGACAUGGGCAAGGAAACGGUGGUCCGGGACAUCACCCCCACCAUCGCGGCGGCCCUCCAGCGCCCCCACCACCGGCGUCUUUCGGACAUCAUCACGGACCUCCACCGGGCCCACCCGGCCCACCGCCUGGCCCGCCCAGCGGUAUACCCCACCAGUUUCGAGGUCCCCCUCCGCCCGAAUUCCAGCCGAGGCUGCUACAGCGUCCACCUCCACCUCCCCCACCUGGCCCGCCAGGUCUUCAAGGUCCAUCCGGCGUCUUUGCUCGACCGCCCCUACCCCCUCCGUUCCAGCCAACGGGUGUAAUGUUCCCUCGUCCACCUGGUCCGCCAUACCAUCAUAGUCAUGCUCCCGGUCCCGGUCCAGACUAUGGUCACGGCCACGGACACGGACACGGACACGGACAUGGGCAUGGACACGCUCACCUCGGUCCUGGUUUCGAGCAGAACAUGGGCGGUCCGCGCAAGGUCGUACUUCUGCAACGGCCCAAGGGGUGA